UCCUGUGUGACGUUCAGCUGUUUUCAUGCCGCGCAUUGGCCGGUCAGAGGCUGUUAUUGACUUGUUUUUCAGUGAACCUAAAGGGUCGCGUUGCAGGGUGAGAUAGUGACAUUGCACGCGAUGAGCUCAAUAGAACAAGACGUUCUCGACUCCGGUGCAGGUGGAGGUCUCGUCAGUUCGUCGACCGUAGAAAAGUCCUCUCCGACAUCGACAUCCACUCCAAGCACGAGCACCAGCAGUGUCGUGUUUGAGGCCUCCACUCAAACGCCGACCAAUGAGACGUGCGAUUCGCCAUUGUUUUCGCAAAAGGGGUACAGUCUCAAGACGACUGGGCAUAGUCACCAAGCACUCACAAAUAUACAGAAAAUGCGACAAAGUGGGCAGCUGUGUGACAUUACGUUAAAAGUAGGAUUAGAAAAAUUUAGAGCCCACAAGGUGGUACUGGCAUCAGUUAGCCCAUACUUUUUUGCAAUGUUCAAUGGUGAUAUGAAAGAACACACACUUCCAGAAGUAGAGCUUCAUGACCUAGAUCCAACGGCGAUAGAGCUGUUGGUAGAAUACGCAUAUUCUGGCCAAAUAGUUAUCACAACAGAUAACGUUCAAGUACUUCUACCAGCUAGUAGUUUGUUACAGAUGCAAGAGGUCAGAGAAGCUUGUUGUCGAUUUCUUCUCAGACAGUUACAUCCAACGAAUUGUUUGGGGAUUAGAAGUUUUGCUGAUACACAUUCCUGUAAAGAGUUGCAUCACAAAUCGCAUAUAUAUGCUUUGCAAAACUUCCAGCAAGUAGUUUGUACUGAGGAAUUUUUACUGUUGCCAUUUGAUGAAGUAAAUGAUUUAAUUUCCAAUAGUCAAUUGAAUAUCUCUUCCGAAGAAGAUGUCUUCACAGCAGUUCUGAACUGGGUGAAGCAUGAUUUGGCUGAAAGAAGUAAACAUAUUCCUAGGUUAAUGCAACAUGUGAGACUGCCUUUAGUCAAUAGAGAGUUUUUGAUGACUCGCGUAGAUAACGAAAAACUUAUUAGAGAGAAUAACGACUGCAGAGAAUUGUUAUUAGAGGCCAUGAGGUAUCAUUUGGCCCCUGAAAGGAGAUGUGCUUUAACGUCUACGCGAACCAUGGAAAGAAAACCUAGUGGUGCUGACCCAUACCUCUUUGCAGUAGGUGGGGGCUCACUUUUCGCCAUUCAUGCGGAAUGUGAAGUGUACAACCCUAAAACGGACACUUGGUCCUCGAUAGCGCCUAUGCAGUGGCGCAGAUCAAGAUCGGGGGUUACAGGGUUGAGAAGACUACUUUACGUUGUAGGAGGCUACGAUGGCGCCUCAGACCUAGCCACUGCUGAAUGUUACAACCCACUCAAUAACACGUGGUCACCAAUCACGCCCAUGGGCACAAAAAGAUCAUGUUUAGGAAUUUGCUCUUUCGACGGCUUAAUCUACGUAUGUGGUGGAUAUGACGGUGCUUCUUGUUUAAGCUCGAUGGAAAGGUUCGAUCCAUUAACUGGAAUUUGGUGCAGUUGUCCAGCGAUGAACACAAGAAGGAGAUACUGUAGAAAUGCUGUUGUAGAUAGCAGCAUAUACGCUAUUGGGGGAUUUGAUUCCACGAACUAUCAAGCUUCAGUCGAAAGGUUUGACCCAAGAGAGGGAACUUGGAACCCAGUACCUUCCAUGUCGUCCCGAAGAAGUAGUUGUGGAGUAGCAGCAUUGAAUGGGCACUUGUAUUGCAUAGGCGGAAACGACGGAACGAUGUGUAUGGCAAGUGGAGAACGAUUCAACAUUAGGCGCAAUGCAUGGGAACCCAUAACCUCAAUGCAUCAUAGAAGAUCAACCCACGAAGUUGUAGCCAUCCACAAUUACAUCUACGCCCUUGGUGGUAACGAUGGCUCAUCCAGUUUGAACGUAGUGGAGCAGUACGACCCGAAAACGAAUAAAUGGGUGGUGGUAACUUCUAUGGCCACAAGACGAAGUUCAGUGGGAGCAGCGGUGCUGGAAUGUAUCAACAUCGAACAUGUAUUAAGGCAGACGCGCAAAUCCAGUUGAUCCCAUUUCACUUUAUGAAACUAAAAAGUUGAGUGCGGUCCCACUGAAUGACGAAGAUAUUAGUUUACUCCAAAAAGAUGGAAAUAUUUCAUGAAUAUUUUUAUAUAAACAUGUAAAGCUUUCAUACAAUGUAGUAGGGAGCUAAACUUGGAUUACCGUAUUGAUAUAUGUCAGAAAUGUAGCAUCCAUGCACUAUGAAUUCGAGAAAAGCGAUUUAGGGCUAACGCAUACCGGAUGACAAGCAUAGUAUUUGAAAGGAGUUUUCUCCCGGUAACGAGAAAAACUUCUUACAUUAUCUUGAGCAUUCGUCGACCCUAUAAAUGGUUAGCUGUUGGG